AUGGCAUACGUACCUCCACCAACAGAGGGAAUUCCUCGUGAAGGUAAUGCGGAAAAUAGACAGCAACAACAUCUGGAACUUGCGUCCGGCUUACAAAAUUUGUCGCUUAACAACAAUCCAUCCAAAUCGAAGAAAAAAAGAAGCGCCAGGGCAUACCACACAGAAUUUAAUUCACCAGACGUCACUCAGCCGUCAACACCUUUCCAACCGCAACACCAAUCGAUCUCACAACCUCAACUCCAUGCUGAACCAGUUUCUCUGCCUUACUCCGGGCAAAUGCAUACGGGUCUGAUGCAAGCGUUCACGGCGCCUGAUCCAGCGCAUGCCCAAAAUGAACAACAAAACCUUUCUUUAUCAAGUGCAAGAUUUCACCAUCAACAAGAAUAUAUGACUCCUGUUAGUGAGGAAGAUGGCACCUAUAAAUCUUUUUUCACGUUUCAAAAUAUUGUACCGCCAACUGCAGGUACGCAAUACCAUACUGUUGAUCAAGGAACUUCAUCUUCAAAAUUUAUGAGAUCCUCGAUGUAUAAUGUUCCAGAGACAGAGCAGUUAAGAAAUGCUACAAAGUUGCCUCUCUCGGUUACUAUAAGACCAUUUGCACCUUUGUUAGCGACCGAAGAACCAAUACCCGUUGUUGACAUGCAAAGUUUAGGAUUUUCUGCUGAAGCCGAUCCCUUGGAUGUUGGUCCACCAAGAUGUCGUCGUUGUAGAACUUACAUGAAUCCAGCAAUGCAACAUACUACUCAUAACAGAUUCGUUUGUAAUAUCUGUCAAUUUCCAAACAAUACUAUUCCAGAUGAUUACAUUUCUAUGGUCAAUCCAGUUACUGGUGCUAGAACUGAUGCAAGUAUCAGACCUGAGUUACAUAAAGGUAUUUAUGAUAUUAUUGUUCCAAAACAAUAUAACGUAGGAGGGUCUGAUACAGUUAACCACGAAUUGCAUCAUGUUUUCUUGAUUGAUAUUAGUGAACAAAGUGUUAGGCAGCAUUUGCCCGUUUUAGUUGCAGACACCAUCAGAGCAACCUUGUAUAGCCUGGACUAUGAUGAGCAAUCAGAGACGAUGGAUCCAAAUGAACCCCAAAAGAAAUUUCCAGGUAAAUUUGCCAUUAUAACCUUUGAUAAGCGAUUACAAUUUUAUAAUUUGUCUCCGUCUCUAGAUUCCACACAGUUAUCUAUUUCUUCCGAUCUCGAAGAUCCGUUUGUCCCUUUUAAUGAAGGAUUGUUUGCUGAUCCGGAAGAAAGUAGAAUAUGCAUAGAAGACGCCUUAAAUAAUUUGGAACAGUUAAGCAGUAACGAAAAUGUUAUUGCAGAUCCUGAACCAUGUUUUGCAGCUGCAGUUCGCACAGCUAUGUUGUGUCUUGAAUCUGUUGGAGGGGGUAAAAUAACUUCAGUCCUUUCCAGCUUACCAUCAUGGGGUCCUGGUAGUUUGACCUAUAAAGACAGAAAGAAUGUCGGUCGCUCCCCUACUCCAGAACAAGAAAAAGCCAUAUAUAAUCCUGACAAUGAAUAUUAUCAAUUGCUAGCCAAAGAUAUGAUUUCAAGAAAUGUCGGAUUAGAAUGUCUUGUAGUCUCUCCUACUGCUGUGGAUUUAUCAAACAUUGGCUGGUUAUGCUCUGUAAGUGGUGGCUCUGUUUAUAAAUGGUCAAACUUUAAUUUUGAAAGAGAUAGUAGAUCCUUCACUGCAAGAUUUAUCAACUCGAUUAGAAAGUCUAGAGGGUAUCAAGGGCAAUUAAAGUUGCGUUGUUCUAACGGCUUACAAGUUACUCAGUAUUAUGGAACAUCAUCAGCUGUUGCAGAAGCUUCAGUUGUCGGAGCUGGUACACAAGAUCCUAUCAUACCAGUUCUCAAUGAAGACCAGACAUUUACCGUAUUACUACAGUACGAUGGUAAAUUAAAUACAAAAUAUGAUUGUCAUUUUCAAGCAGGUUUGUUAUAUACUGAUCCCUCUGGUAUUAGAAAGGUUAGAGUUAUUAACUUGGUUUUGGCAGUUAGUGAAACAUUAGAUGAUGUCUUUAACUUCGUUGAGCAAGAUUCAGUUGUCACAACAAUAGUUAGGGAUACUUUGUCGUUUGUAGGGAAGCAAACUUUGCAUGAACUACGUGAAUCAGUAAAUGAAAAAUUAGUGGAAGUUUUCACUCAGUAUAGGGCAAUGAGUGAAUUGGGACAUAAUAGACAUCGUACAUUAACGAAUCAAUUGUUAUUUCCAGAUUCUUUAAAACAUUUGCCAAUGUAUAUGCUCGCAUUUAUCAAAUCAAAGGCUUUAAGGGAUUCAACAGCUUUGACGGCUGAUACUAGAUUAGCAGACAUAUUUCAAUUCCUAAAUAUGCCAGUCGAGAGAUUAGUGUAUCAUUUAUGUCCUGCUUUAGUUGAACUCCAUACAUUAGAGCAAGAUGAUUGUAUGGUACCGGAUGAGGGUACCGAGAACCCAGAUUAUUUUAUAAAAUUGCCUCAGUAUAAAGAUUUAUCCUAUAAUCAAUUAGAUGGUGGAGUCUACAUUUUAUGUAAUGGUUUAGAUAUUUUUGUUUGGAUUCAUCCAAAUGCAAAUAUUCUUCUCAUUAAGGAUUUAUUUGGUGAUGAUAUUGAUUCCAUAGAUCAAAUUAAUCCAUUAAUUGACGAAAUCCCAGACUUACCAACCCACAUAUCACAGCAAGCUCGUAAUUUGGUCAAGUUUUUCCAAACUGAAAUAACUGGAUCGUCCGCAAUUGGAAGUGCCGGCAUUCAAAUUGUUAGGCUGCAAAUAGAUGGCGCGGAAGUAUUAUUCAAAGAUUGUUUGAUUGAAGAUAACUUAAAAGGGGUUCUUGCUGCAAACUCAGGAGCUGCUUAUCCAGAAUAUUUAUCUAAUUUGCACAAGGCCAUUAGAGUUAAAUUAGAAAAUGAUAAAUCCUCUAAUCGUGUUAGGCAGUCUGUUAGUACAGUUGAGCAUCAUCAAGACACCUUGGCACAAAGAUUGAUUCACUUUUAA